GUGGCAGUAAGCAUUGAGCGUACUCUCCAACAGGUUCGAUUGUAGAGACAGCAUGAUACAUUAAAAUAUGUGCCUACAAUCGAUAACGGCGUUCCGUAUGUAUACUUGUGGGGUAGGUAGGGAGUGUCCUCAAAUAGGACAAUUUUAUUUAAAAAAUGCUUCUAAGGCUUCUGUUAUUAAUUGCGUCUGUUGGUCAUAUUCUUGCUGCUGAGUCGUGGAAGAAACCUGGUUGUCAUCGUAUUGGUCAUACUAGGAACAUAAGCAUACCAGACUGUGUCCAGUUCAAAAUAAAGACGAAUGCAUGCAGAGGUUUCUGCGAAUCAUGGUCUCUCCCAAGCAUCAUGCUUGGCUUCAAGCGGCAUCCAGUCACAUCACUGGGACAGUGUUGCAAUAUCAUGGAAUCCGAGGAUGUACCCGUAAAAGUACUAUGUUUAGACGGCGAAAGGAAUUUAAUAUUCAAAUCGGCUGUAUCCUGCGCCUGUUAUCAUUGUCAAAAAGAAUGAUGAAACCUCCACUAAUAAUCCCAUAUCUUGUAUUAUAAAUUCCAAAAUAGCAGCCAAGGACUUUAUUUAUUUACUUCAUAGAAGAGCCCUUUUAAGUAGACUAUUGAUAUUACAUAGCUUAGAUUUUUCAGUACAUACCUAUUCUAUCUAACUUAUUUACAAGUGAUAUAAAAUGGAGUGUGACUUGCAAUGAAUAAAUUAUUCUAUCGUU